UAGAAGAAAGGGAAUUCUCUUCUCCCAUAAAGUGACCCUCAAGACCAUGUUUCACUUGCUCAAGAGAAGUUCUUUUUCUCUCCCGUCUCCUUUCAGGAAGAAGCACACUGCCAAGUCAACACCACCGGGCACCGUGAUUGCUUGAGACAAAAAUCCCAGCCACUGCUGGAAGCAAGUGGAGGAAGAGACAUGAGAUCUUAGUGGCCUCUGGCCCAGGAGUUGCAAGAUGGCAGCCCAGCGGAUCCGAGCAGCUAACUCCAGUGGCCUCCCUCGGUGCAAGUCGGAGGGGACCCUGAUUGACCUGAGUGAGGGCUUUUCAGAAACAAGUUUUAACGAUGUCAAAGUGCCUUCUCCCAGUGCCUUGCUAGUAGACAGCCCCACGCCUUUCGGAAAUGCGAAGGAAGUGAUUGCAAUCAGGGACUACUGCCCGACCAACUUCACCACCCUCAAGUUCUCCAAGGGUGACCAUCUCUACGUCCUGGAUACCUCGGGCGGGGAGUGGUGGUACGCGCACAACACCACUGAAAUGGGCUACAUCCCCUCCUCCUACGUGCAGCCCUUAAACUACCGGAACUCCACACUGAGCGACAGUGGGAUGAUUGACAAUCUUCCAGACAGCCCGGAUGAAGUCGCCAAGGAACUAGAUCUGCUUGGGGGGUGGACAGAUGACCAGAAAGGAUCCGGCAAAGCUUACAGUAAUAACCCUUUCUGGAACGGAAUCCAAACGAACCCAUUCCUGAACGGGAAUGUGCCACCCAGCUUGGAUGAGCUGAAUCCCAAAAGCACCGUGGACUUGUUGCUUUUCGAUACCGGCACGUCCUCAUUUACGGAAUCCAGCUCAGCGACCACAAACAGCACCGGGAACAUCUUUGACGAGCUCCCAGCCACAAAUGGACUCCCCGUGGAGCAGCCGGUCAAGAGAGACAACCCGUUCUUCAGAAGCAAGCGUUCCUACAGCCUGUCCGAACUCUCCGUUCUGCAAGCCAAGUCGGACGCUCCCACGACCUCGGGCUUUUUCACGGGCCUGAAGUCACCUGCUCCCGAGCAAUUUCAGAGCCGGGAGGAUUUUCGAACUGCCUGGCUCAACCACCGGAAGCUGGCCCGGUCUUGCCACGACUUGGACCUGCUCGGCCAAAGCCCGGGCUGGGGUCAGACCCAAGCAGUGGAGACGAACAUUGUGUGCAAGCUGGAUAGUUCUGGGGGCGCCGUGCAGCUCCCCGACACCAACAUCAGCAUUCACGUGCCCGAGGGUCACGUUGCCCCUGGGGAGACACAGCAGAUCUCCAUGCGAGCCCUCCUUGAUCCCCCGCUGGAACUCAAUAGUGACAGGUCCAGCAGCAUCAGCCCCGUGCUGGAGGUCAAGUUGAGUAACCUGGAGGUGAGCACCUUCGUCAUCCUGGAGAUGAAGGUCUCCGCCGAGGUGAAAAAUGACAUUUUCAGCAAGAGCACAGUGGGCCUCCAGUGCUUAAGGAGCGACCUGAAAGAGGGACCAUACGCGCCCAUCCCCCUGGCCUACAGCUAUGGGGAUACUGUCCAGGUGCAGCUAGAUAACCUGGAGCCCUGCAUGUACCUAGCUAUUGUUGCCCACGGCCCAAACAUCCUGUAUCCUUCCACAGUGUGGGACUUCAUCAAUAAGAGGGUCACCGUGGGGCUGUAUGGCCCCAAACAUAUUCACCCAUCCUUCAAAACGGUGGUGACCAUUUUUGGGCAUGACUGUGCCCCCAAGACCCUUCUGGUCAGUGAGGUCACCCGGCAGGCCCCCAGUCCUGCCCCUGUGGCCCUGCAGCUAUGGGGUAAGCACCAGUUUGUCUUGUCCAGGCCCCAGGACCUCAAAGUCUGCAUGUUCUCCAACAUGACCAACUUCGAGGUCAAGGCCAGCGAGCAGGCCAAAGUGGUGAGAGGCUUCCAGAUGAAGCUGGGCAAAGUGAGCCGCCUCAUCUUUCCCAUUACCUCCCAGAACCCCAAUGAGCUUUCUGACUUCACGCUGAGAGUGCAGGUGAAGGACGACCAGGAGGCCAUCCUCACCCAGUUUUGCGUCCAGACGCCACAACCGCCUCCCAAAAGUGCCAUCAAACCAUCCGGGCAGAGGCGGUUUCUCAAGAAGAAUGAGGUUGGGAAAAUUAUCCUGUCCCCCUUUGCCGCCACCACCAAGUAUCCCACGUUUCAGGACCGCCCCGUGUCCAGCCUCAAGUUCGGCAAGCUUCUCAAGACGGUGGUGAGGCAGAACAAGAACCACUACCUGCUGGAGUACAAGAAGGGCGACGUGGUGGCCCUGCUCAGCGAGGAGCGCAUCAGGCUGAAGGGGCAGCUGUGGACCAAGGAGUGGUACAUAGGCUACUACCAGGGCAAGGUGGGCCUGGUGCACACCAAGAACGUGCUGGUGGUGGGCAAGGCCAGGCCCAGCCUGCUGUCGGGGCCCGAGCUGAGCACGUCGGUGCUGCUGGAGCAGAUCCUCCGGCCAUGCAAGUUCCUCACCUACAUCUACGCCUCCGUGCGGACCUUGCUCAUGGAGAACGUCAGCAGCUGGCGCGCCUUCGCCGACGCCCUGGGCUAUGUCAACCUGCCGCUCACCUUCUUCUGCCGGGCAGAGCUGGACAGCGAGCCUGAGCGGGUGGCAUCUGUCCUGGAAAAGCUGAAGGAGGACUGCAACAACCCUGAGAACAAAGACCGGAAGUCCUUCCAGAAGGAGCUCGUGAUGGCCUUACUGAAAAUGGACUGCCAAGGCCUGGUGGUCAGACUCCUCCAGGACUUCGUGCUCCUCACCACAGCUGUCGAGGUGGCCCAGCGCUGGAGGGAGCUGGCUGAAAAGCUGGCCAAGGUCUCCAAGCAACAGAUGGACGCCUAUGAGUCUCCCCAUCGGGACCGGAAUGGGGUGGUGGACAGUGAGGCCAUGUGGAAACCCGCAUAUGACUUCUUACUCACCUGGAGCCACCAGAUCGGGGACAGCUACCGGGAUGUCAUCCAGGAGUUGCACAUUGGCCUGGACAAGAUGAAGAACCCCAUUACCAAGCGCUGGAAACACCUCACCGGAACUCUGAUCCUGGUGAACUCACUAGACAUCCUGCGAGCAGCUGCUUUCAGCCCCAUGGACCAUGAUGACUUUGUGAUCUGAGCGGGGCCCCUGCCCGCCUGAACUCUGGAGCUUGAGCUGUCCAUCCAUCUGUCUGUCCUAGGUGCCCAGCCAUCAGCAGCAGGAGCUCAGGCAGGGACGGAUAGCCGCUCAUACAGAGGUGUGGCCCCCAGGGGACCAAGGACAGGCGAUGCUGCUUCCUUCUCCGCCAUCCAGGGGCGGCCCUCAGGGGGGGU